AUGUCCGGGAUUGAUAGUACUUUGUUGAAUGAGAAAUGUGAUAAAGAUACCAUUUAUCAGGUACUAGAACGAAUGUCAUCAAAGAAACAGCAUUCUAGUAACGAAAUACUCCCGAUAAUCAAGAAUGUGGUACCAAUAUAUCCAUCGCUACCGAGAGAAUUAAAGAUGGCACUACGCAGGCUAUGCGGUAAUAAUUACAUAUUCAUAUCAUUGGUUAUUGAGUAUGCAAAAGAAUUGGGUAAGAAUCGUGAGACGUCAAUAUUCUACGGCUUUUUAACGGAUGUUCUUAAGUAUGAGAGUGAUUGUCUAUUCAAUUACUUAGAGCAUUCGUCAAGAAGAGAUCUCCCUUUUAUCAAAUCGAUUCUGUUUGGAAGCAGAUGUUAUAACGCUUUAAGCAGCAGUAUUUCCAUCGUUGAAUAUUUAAAGUUUAUGAAGAUGCAAUGGGAAUUUGUCUUUAAAGAGACGAAGCAAUAUGAUAAGACGCAUCUCGAAAUGUUCGUUUCAUGUCUACAGCUCAAUAUUCCUUAUGGUGUUGAUAUAUUCAUUGAAGGGCUUGCUACUACUAGUGAAUUUUCAUGGAAUGCUUUGAUUAUGAUGUUAUCAAAGGGGACCUCAGUUCAACAGAGGAGAUUUUUCAUGUAUCAUUUGGUCCCGUUCCUUGAAAAAGUAACUAAUCCUGAUAACAGCUCUACCAUUUUCACACUACUAUCCCAGUUACCAUUCGAUAUCCCAACUAGCAUAGAUUGCUUCAAAUGGGGAAAUCCGUAUUUUAAAAUUGUUUACUUGCAUGGUAUGUCAGAAGCGAAACGUGCACAGCUCUUCAGAGAAUUACUACCAUGUUUUGAACUGAUGGAUUUAUACACAGAUGAUUCACUCGCUGAAAUCUUGGUAAUGAUAUUAGAUGCCAUGUCUAAGGAUUCCAGAGAUGAACUAUCGCAUGAUGCAAUUUCCUUGAAUUUUGUCACCAAGAGACUUCAUUCUGAGGAUCAUCUGGUUAGGGAGCGUACUAUGUUUGUUGCCAAGAAACUUACAAAUGAUCAGCUUCAAUAUGAAAGCGAUUUUACAAUCGAUUUGCCUCGAAUUGAACUAAUCAAGCUAUCCAAACUUGAAUUUCCCAUUAAGGAAGGACUACAAAAUCUGCCAAAAGGGAACUCUACAAAGAAUGAACUUGUACAGCAAUUUAAUACCAUAACUUUGCAGGACAGUGACGAUGAAUCUGAUGAAGAAGAUUCUAGAGACAUCUUGUUCCUCAAAGAUCUUUUGCUGGAAUUCGAGAAAGUUAUCAAGAAUGAUGGGUCCGAACUUAGAUUGCUAAAGGAAACUGUGAAGUUAGUACGACAGAAGAAGAACUUCCCAACAGAAGUAUCUUUUUAUUCUAAAGAACUCCUCAAAAAGAUAGCCACCAUAUCGAACAAGUUUGACGAAAAAUCAUUUGAAGAAUGGAAGGCUAAUGCAUUAGUUAGCAUAUUGGUUGUAUGUCCAGACAAGAUUGUCGAUCUUUAUGCAAUUCUCUUCAAUAACGAGUUAUCGUUGCAACAAAGGAUGGUAAUCUUGACAUCUGCAGCAUUGAGUGCAAGGGAACUACGGGGUUUUGAUGAUGAAUUUGUGGUGAAACCUAAAUACGAUUUUCCUACUAAUCGAUUACCAUGGGAUGAAUCGGCCACUGAACAGCAACCUGAAAAUAAUAAGAUACAAGAUAUUACUGAAAUAACAGGAAGCAAGGUUACUUGGAGAUCAAAACGUUUAGAGACUGAUAGUAAGAUUACACAACAGCAGAAUAAUUUUAGGAAGUACGCUACACUCUUCUUCUAUCCCUUGGCACAUGCUUGGUUGAACGGAAUUAACCUUGGUGCAUUCGAUAAAGUGUUCAAGAGACACUACAUAUCUAUGCUCAAGAUCAUUUUAACUUGUGCAAGUCCUCAUUAUGAGCUAGAAGAGAUGCAAAUUUUGAUGCAAGAAAUCCUUUCGGAUGCUGUGAAACAACAAGUUCAAACCUCUUAA